AUGUUGUCUCUGGUCCAGGCCGCCCAAAAUGCCUCCUCCACAGCUGCAUCGUCCAGUUCACUGGCAGACUCAUCGAUGCUGGAUAGGUUCUUCCCAGGCUUCUCGAUCCUCUCAGCCCUCUUCUCAACAUACCUGCAUCUGGACAUUAGCGCCUAUCUAUCCAUGAUGUUUGUCCUGACGACUGUAGCUGCUGCAGCGAGACUGCGACUCGAGGGAGUGAUAGAGACUGUCCAGAGCUACUUCACCUCCACCAUCGAAGUGCGCAUGAACGAUGAAGUCUUCAACUAUCUAAUGUACUGGAUCUCUCAACAACCGUUCUCGCAUUACUCAACCCGUACAGUAGCCAGCACAAAAACGAAAGCGAACUCAUACUAUUCCGAUGACAGUGACCAGGACAGUGACGAAGAUGAUGAUGACGACGACGACUAUGACGAAGACAAGAAAUUUGGCAGUAAUAGCACCGAAAACGAAUAUGCCGAUGCCGCAUCCAACGACUUCGAUUCCUACUGGGCAAGAAGAGUAAACAAGGACAAAAUCAAACGUCUCCGAAUCACCCCUGCAGAGGGCCAACAUUGGUUCUGGUUCAGAAGUCACCGCAUCAGGUUUAAACGAGAACAGUUGGAACGAAGGAAUUAUGGCUGGGGCGUACCCGUCGAAAAGCUCUAUCUGAGCUGCUUUGGCCGCAACCCCGAGAUUCUGAAGGAACUCCUCCUAGAGGCACAGCGCAUGUAUGUCGACCGUGAUGGAGACAAGACCAUUAUUUAUCGCGCACAGAGAGAUUCGAGUGCGGACUAUGACUGGGUGCGGUGCAUGGCGCGACCGCCUCGACCUUUGUCUACCGUUGUGUUGGAUGAUGUCCAGAAGCGGGCUUUCAUCGCUGAUAUCAAGGAGUAUCUGCAUCCUCGUACUCGCCGGUGGUACGCUAAUCGCGGUAUUCCAUAUCGUCGAGGGUACAUGUUUUAUGGACCUCCGGGGACUGGGAAGUCAAGUCUAUGUUUUGCAGCUGCUGGCGCAAUGCAUUUGAAGAUCUAUCUCAUCAGUCUCAACUCCAGGACGCUAAAUGAAGAGGCCUUGGCUUCACUAUUCCAGAGCCUACCACGUCGGUGCAUUGUCUUGCUGGAAGACGUCGAUGCCGCUGGUGUUGCGAACAAGAGAGAUGAACAGACAGCUGAUCCUGCCACAGCGCCGUCCUCUGGCCAGUCUACAACUAACACCGGCAACACCAACAACAACAACAACAACAACGAUUCAAGUAACAACAGUAGCAACAGUCAUAGCACCAAUAAAGACAGUGACGGAGCAAAUCGCGGAAUCUCCCUCUCCGCUCUGCUCAACAUCAUUGACGGCGUAGCUUCCAGCGAAGGUCGGAUACUAGUCAUGACGACAAACCACAUUGAGAAACUGGACUCUGCACUUUUACGGCCAGGACGGGUAGAUCUGAGUAUUGCAUUUGGCUAUUCAGAUCGCGAGACGAUCAAGAAUCUCUUCUUGGCUAUCUAUGCCCCGUUAGAAUGCGAACUACCUCGGACAUUGACAAACAUGACUCAACACAAAAGUGCUGCUGCUCCUCCUCCUCCAUCUACCGAAGAACUAGCCACUCUCGCCAAUGCCUUUGCCGACCGCAUCCCGACUGACGAAUUCACGCCUGCAGAAAUCCAGGGCUUCCUGCUCUUCAACAAAAAGGACCCAAUGCGCGCCAUUGAAGAAGCUGAGAGCUGGGUGCAGGGUAUCCGGGAAAAGAAGGGGAGAGAAGAGAAGAAGUAG